AAAUAGUCCUAUAUGUUUCUUUCAAACAUUGUAGUCCCAGGAAUAGUGCUAUCUCCAUCGGCGAGGCACACUAUUGGGGAGUUCUCAUCACUUUUGCAUUGCGCAUCUCACUUCUGCCCCGACUCUCCCGAGAUCAGAAUCUGAGAACUCUUCGAAGAGUCAUAUAUAUUCAGUCAAUUUUUCUCCGAUUUAGGGUUUCUUCAGCAAGUCUGUUCACCAAAAUGAAUAGGCUGGGCAGAGGACACCGGGACAAACUUCAGCAAUUCAUGACAAUAACCGGGACCAGUGAAAAGAUAGCUCAUCAGUACCUUAAGACCAGUGAGUGGAGCGUUGAUGGAGCAUUAGAUUUGUUCUAUAGCCAGCCCCAGGUGAAAUUCUCGGCAGACAAAAGACGGUUAGAGGAGCUUUACAAUAGAUACAAGGAUCCACACUCUGACAUGAUUAUGGCUGAUGGAAUUAGUCUCCUUUGCAAUGAUAUUCAGGUUGACCCUCAAGACAUUGUCAUGCUGGUAGUAUCAUGGCACAUGAGGGCUGCAACUAUGUGUGAAUUUUCAAAGCAGGAAUUUAUUAGUGGAUUACAAUCUCUUGGAGUAGAUUCAAUCGACAAGUUGAGAGAAAAAAUACCCUUCAUGCGAGAUGAGUUGAAAGACGAGCACAAGUUUCGUGAGAUCUAUAACUUUGCUUUCGGCUGGGCAAAGGAGAAGGGCCAGAAAUCCUUAGCAUUGGAUACAGCAAUUGGAAUGUGGCAGCUGCUAUUUGCAGAAAAGGAUUGGCCUCUGGUUGAACACUGGUGCCAGUUCCUACAGGCUCACCAUAACAAAGCCAUCUCACGUGAUACAUGGGCUCAACUACUUGAAUUUGCUAGAAGUGUGGAGCCUUUGUUAACAAACUACGAUGCUGACGGAGCCUGGCCUUAUCUGAUUGAUGAAUUUGUCGAGUACCUGACUGAAAAUCAUAUUGUGCAGCGCAAAUGAAGCAGAAACAAGUUACUUUUUUCUGCAACUGCUGCUGGAUACUUCUGUCAUCCAUCGCUGCUUUGUACUAUUUAUUAUCAUCACUCCUUGUCAUUUAACAGAAUUGGUUUUUUUAGUCAGCUUCAUAUGAAAGAAAGAAUUGUUUAGGAGAUUUCCUGACUUUUGUGGUCAUAUAUUUGUUCUUGGGGUUUGUAUUUCUGUACAAAAUACAGUACAUAAUGUGUAUUGUGUUGAGAUUUGCAUUCUCUAGCAUACUUCCACAUUGGAAUGAAGAAGCCAAUACUUUGUUUGCUUUAGACACGAUGGUGAUGAUGAUGAUUCUUGUAUUGAUUAUGCUUUUUUGCUUUACCCCA